GGGGCGAGCACCCGAAUACCCGUGAGAAAAUUCCUCCGGCCAGGUUGCAACAUCCCGCGGAAGAGCUGCAAUGCCAACAGCUUUGCAGCAGGGGGAGGAAGGAGGGAAGGUACCAGGCACCUUCCUGAACUGUGCAGCAUGACAGAGCUGCACGAAGCCGUGGCUUUGGGGGACUACGACCUGGUGGAUGAGAUCCUGAGGAUGGGGCGCUGCGACCCAAAUCACAAGGAUGUUGACUGGCAUGACAGGACCCCACUGCACUGGGCUGCUGCAAAAGGGCGAUCGGAGCUGGUCAAGCUCCUCGUGGAUCACGGUGCCCGGCAUUGCCUGCGGAGCGACGUGGGCUGGACCCCGGCCCACUUUGCUGCUGAGGCGGGGAGACUGGGGGUGCUUCGCACCCUUCAUGCACUGCACGCCGACAUGGACGUGGUUGACCUCUUUGGCGACACUCCCAGGAGGAUUGCGGAGAUCUACGGCCACCAGGACUGCUCCAGGUUCUUAGAAACAGCAGAGGUGGAGAGCAGAAACUACCGCAGGACAGCUGCAAUGAAAGGAAUCCCCUUAGACCAGAGAGAUGAGGACUGGGAGCUCAAGAAAGAAGAACUUGAGAGAAACCCACCGUUUUCUCAGGAGAAAUACAUGGAGAAAUACACAUCCUCUGCUCACAAUAAAAAUAAGAAAAAAAGGGGGAAGCAGUAG